CGAUUCGAUGUCAUUUCCAUUAUUUGUCUGUCUCUGUCAUUUGUCUUGUCGUCACUCGUCAGUCAGCUACAUUUAAGAAAAAUUGUUAACACGUUUUAGAAUUUAAAGGAACAACAUGACUGAAGACACUGUUAGCAAGAAGGCUCCGAAGAGGGCAGCUGCUGAAGAGAUGGAGGUGGAAGUGGUUAACGGCAUCGAAGGUCAAGCACCGCGCAGCAAACCUGCAGCCAAGAAGACAAAACAGCAGCCAAGCUCAGAAGUCCGCAAGGUCCCUGUGCCAGCUCAUAGGUACACCCCUCUGAAGGAAAACUGGAUGAAGAUAUUCACACCGAUCGUAGAACAUCUCAAACUCCAAGUCCGUUUUAAUCUGCGUACCAGGAACGUGGAGAUACGCAACUGCCCUAACACAGAAGAUAUCGGCAACUUACAGAAAGCUGCUGACUUUGUAAAAGCUUUUAUUUACGGAUUUGAGGUAGAAGAUGCUCUUGCUUUGUUGAGAUUGGAUAAUUUAUUCAUAGAGUCUUUUGAAAUCAAAGACGUUAAAACUUUGAGAGGCGACCAUUUGUCGCGAGCCAUUGGCCGACUGGCGGGUAAGGGAGGAAGGACAAAGUUUACCAUUGAAAAUAUCACUAAAACUCGAAUUGUUCUGGCCGAUUCAAAAAUUCAUAUUUUGGGUUCGUACCAAAAUAUUCAGGUUGCAAUGAAAGCAGUUUGUAACCUGAUUCUGGGCAGUCCGCCCUCCAAAGUUUAUGGACAGUUGAGGAAUGUGGCAACGAGAAUGUCUGAACGAUUGUAAAAUAAAAUCUAUUUUAUUAUA